AAUUCGAGAGAAAUCAUGUCUUCGGGCAUCCUGACGACCCCUGUGGUCGAUCAUUUCAUAAAUCUCGCUCAUACUAUUGGCACCCUCGCCGACCCAUUCGUGUCACCCAUGGAAAAUGUCGUAAAGUUCACUUUGAAUUCAACCUUUCCGGGAACAUACCAAUAUUUCGUGGAAAUAUUGGAGGGAUACAAAUCACCGUUUGCGGAUAGGUUGCCGCUGAUGGACCCUUUUCACGGCUUGAGUGCAUUUCAUAAUUUCUUGAUGGUUUCGCUGAGCGGGUAUAUGUGUGCCACGAUAUGGAUGGAGGCGAGGAAGAAUGGGUACACCUUGUUUGCUAAUCCCGAGGAUAGAACCGAGAAAGGAUUUCAGAUGGCAAAGUACACUUGGCUAUUCUACUUUUCAAAGAUUUUUGAAUUCAUGGACACAUUCAUCAUGGUACUGAAGAAAAACAAUCACCAGGUCUCUUUCCUGCACGUUUAUCAUCAUUCCACGAUCUUUGUGAUCUGGUGGUGGGUGAUUUAUGUGGCCCCUACCGGGGAAACGUAUUUCAGCGCCUCCCUGAAUGCAG